UGUUUGAUGAUCUCAGUGGCUCAGUGUCCUUGUCCUGGGUUGGAGAUAGCACUGGGGUCAUUCUAGUCUUGACAACCUUCCAUGUCCCACUGGUAAUUAUGACUUUUGGACAGUCCAAGUUAUACCGAAGUGAGGAUUAUGGAAAGAACUUUAAGGACAUUACAAAUCUCAUCAAUAACACCUUCAUUCGCACUGAAUUUGGCAUGGCGAUUGGUCCAGAGAACUCUGGAAAGGUGAUUUUAACAGCAGAGGUGUCUGGAGGAAGUCACGGAGGAAGAAUCUUCAGAUCAUCAGACUUUGCAAAGAACUUUGUUCAGACCAAUCUCCCCUUUCAUCCUCUGACUCAGAUGAUGUACAGCCCUGAGAAUUCAGAUUAUCUCUUAGCCCUCAGCACUGAAAACGGCCUGUGGGUGUCCAGGAAUUUUGGGGAAAAAUGGGAAGAAAUCCACAAAGCAGUGUGUUUGGCCAAAUGGGGAUCAGAAAACAUCAUCUUCUUUACCACCUACAUGAAUGGCUCCUGUAAAGCUGAUCUUGGUGCACUGGAAUUAUGGAGAACUUCAGACUUGGGAAAAAGCUUCAAAACCAUUGGUGUGAAGAUAUACUCGUUUGGCCUUGGGGGACGUUUCCUUUUUGCCUCUGUGAUGGCUGAUAAGGAUACAACAAGAAGGAUUCACGUGUCAACCGACCAUGGGGACACAUGGAGCAUGGCCCAGCUCCCCUCUGUGGGGCAGGAACAGUUCUAUUCUAUCCUGGCCGCUAACGAUGACAUGGUGUUCAUGCAUGUGGAUGAGCCUGGAGAUACCGGCUUUGGCACGAUCUUCACCUCAGAUGACCGGGGCAUUGUCUAUUCCAAGUCUUUGGACCGGCAUCUCUACACCACCACUGGCGGAGAGACAGACUUCACCAAUGUGACCUCCCUCCGGGGCGUCUUCAUCACAAGUGUCCUCUCGGAAGAUAACUCUAUCCAGACUAUGAUCACUUUUGAUCAAGGAGGAAGGUGGAAGCACCUGAGGAAGCCUGAAAACAGUGAAUGUGAUGCUACCGCAAAAAAUAAGAAUGAGUGUAGCCUUCAUAUUCACGCGUCCUAUAGCAUCUCCCAGAAGCUCAACGUCCCUAUGGCCCCGCUCUCGGAGCCCAAUGCCGUGGGCAUCGUCAUCGCUCAUGGCAGCGUGGGGGAUGCCAUCUCAGUGAUGGUCCCAGACGUGUACCUCUCGGAUGACGGGGGUUACUCCUGGUUGAAGAUCCUGGAAGGACCCCACUAUUACACUAUCCUGGAUUCCGGAGGCAUCAUCGUGGCCAUCGAGCACAGCAGCCAUCCUAUCAAUGUGAUUAAGUAUUCCACAGACGAAGGCCAGUGCUGGAAAACCUACACCUUCACCAGGGAGCCCAUCUACUUCACUGGCUUAGCCUCGGAGCCUGGAGCUAGGUCCAUGAACAUCAGCAUUUGGGGCUUCACGGAGUCUUUCCUGACGCGCCAGUGGGUGUCCUAUACCAUCGAUUUUAAAGAUAUUCUUGAAAGGAACUGUGAGGAGAAGGACUACACCGUGUGGCUGGCUCACUCCACAGACCCCGGGGACUCCGGGGACGGCUGCAUCCUGGGCUACAAGGAGCAGUACCUGCGCCUGCGCAAGGCGGCCGUCUGCCAGAACGGCCGGGACUACGUGGUGGCCAAGCAGCCGUCGGUCUGCCCCUGCUCCCUGGAGGACUUCCUCUGUGAUUUUGGCUACUUCCGUCCAGAAAAUGACUCCAAGUGUGUGGAACAGCCAGAACUGAAGGGCCAUGACCUAGAGUUUUGCCUGUACGGAAGAGAAGAGCAGCUAACAACGAAUGGGUACCGGAAGAUUCCAGGAGACAAAUGCCAGGAAGGAGUGAAUCCAGUUCGCGAAGUAAAAGACUUGAAAAAGAAAUGCACGAGCAACUUUUUAAGUCCAAAAAAGCAGAGCUCCAAGUCAAAUUCUGUUCCGAUUAUCCUGGCCACUGUGGGAUUGAUGCUGGUCACGGUCAUAGCCGGGGUGCUCCUUGUGAAGAAGUACGUCUGUGGGGGCAGGUUCCUGGUGCACAGGUACUCUGUGCUGCAGCAGCACGCGGAGGCCAACGGCGUGGACGGCGCCGACGCUUUGGACACGGCUUCGCACGCUGAUAAAAGCGGUUAUCAUGAUGACUCAGAUGAGGAUCUCCUGGAAUAGCUCCUCGAGGGAGCUGGGACCAAGCGUGGAUGGUGGAACCACAGUACCUCUUACACUCCCUGUGGUUCCAACUUAGGGAAAUAAAUUUCCCUUUGCAAGGGACCCAGCUCUGUUUCUGCUGCUUCCGUCAAAGCCAAAAGGACCUUCACUAAAGAAAUGCAGGGGGGACCCUAAACACUCACAAUUGGCUCUGCAAAGGGGGGGUAAUUUUUAAUUCUUUAACUGUUUGUUUCUACUUCUGUCUUUCUGCAAAACAUAAGCUGUUUGGUUUUGGUUCUUAAGGGAAACAGAAUGGAUGUUGAAGGGAAAGUGUGACUAACCCCACGCUUGCAUGUGCUGCACGCCCUUUCCGCGGGGCACCUGUCACCCCAGCUCGACUGUCCCGAUGCUGGCCCUGGGCUCCGCUGGUGGCAGAGCAGCUGCAGAGAUGAGCGCAGAGGCCACAGUAACUGGCACCGCCUGGGCAGCCCCUCCCUUCCGGGGCUGCAGCAUUGCACACCCGCUGCACACACUGACCCUGCUUGUCCCCCUAUUUUCAGGGACCACAGGCCACAGUGGUUUUCCCUUUUCAAUAGGCAGUGCCCUUGCUAAUUGCACUUUGGCAACUAACUUAACCAUGUGCUUCCAAAACACUAAAUCAGGAAAAGUAAAGGGCAAUAUUUUUAACUUGGGGUGGGAGGAAGGGAGCAGCAGAGAGUUGACUAGACGUCGCACCUACUGAAAGGGAGAGUCUUGCUUCUUCUGACGCCUCUCAAGCCACUUUGUGCGUGUGCCAGGGAUUUGUUCAAGGUCGGCUGCCUGGGUGCAUGCCCAGCUCUGUGCGCCAGCUUGGGCUGAUGGCGGUGUGCAUGGCGCACCCGCAAGAGCUGGCCCUCACCCUCUUCCGCUUCCCCUCCAAUCAUGUGGGCUCCUGGUCACUCAUGGUAACGGCUGCUCAUCUGCUUCCUCUUAGGUGAUGGUGGUGGUACAAGGAGCCAGAACUAGAAUGUGGUUUUAGAUUUAUAGGCUUUAAAAAAAAAAAAAAAGAUGAGAAUUUUAUUAGCAGACUCUCCUCACCCCACUUCCCCAGCUUUGCCAAGUAAUUUACUGGCAUGGAACUUUGGCAUGAAUCAAAUUAAAACAUACUUCCACUCUAGCUGAUGCUUUGUAUGACACAUUGAGCUCAUGUUUUUAAAUUGGGGAAGUUUUCCAUUUGACAUUUUUUAAAUUAAGUGGAUUAUGGAAUAGAGUGAGCUGGGGGUGUCACGUGGUAAUGGAAGACUGCAGUAGUUUGAAUACAGCUUGAAUAUUUGCUAUAUAGGAGUGUAGUGUAGUAAGUUUUCAUCUUAGUCUUCUGUGCAGGUCACAGUUUCUCCCAAUGAUUAUGAGUGAUCAGAAGAGCCUUUGGUAAAUGCCAUUUUGCUGCUAGUUUAUUUUAUGGCUAGAAAGUCAGUAAAAAGCAAAUGUGCCAAAUUAACUUUUAUCAGACUGUGUGAGCAGAUGGCUAAGUUCUCUCCUCUCCAGAAUGCAUUAACAGCAGCAGGGGAGGUGGGGGAGGGAGCGCAUGGAGAAUUUUAGAGACUUCGUAGCUGCAGUAAAAUUAAACAAGUCAGGGAGCUUCAGUUAGAAAUGAACUUAGGGCUGUUUUGGCGAUGAGAAUUAAUACUUGUUAGAGCCAAAGCACUAGUCUUUUAGGAAAAGCACAUUUGUUUUGCAUAUUUUUUUAAUUAAAAUAAUUCCAAAGACUCACCAGCUCACAGAUGAUGAGUGGCGGCCCUGGCCCCAUCACCUCCUGCCCAGAGCAAGCCGAUGCCCAGAGAAGACACCCCCACACACACAACACUGCUCCCCACGCGUGGGCCUCUGUACCUGCGGGAGUCCCGGCUUCAUUGUAAAAUGUAGGAAGGUUCAUAUUCUCUAAAGAGAAGACUGGUCCUCCGAAGACAUCUGACGUCUGUAGAACCUGGCAAUGUCCAGAAACUGUCACCUGCAUCAUGUCAUCUGAAUUCUCACAUUCUUAACGAAUUUCUUUAAAUGCCAUUUUUUGGAAAACGGGGUUGGAAUCUCCAUUUUUUGGAACGAUGACUGAUACUGAGCGCAAACAUUGUGUCGUUAUGAGGAAUGCCAGUCUGCUGUCUGUAGGAGACAAAAAGGUUAAUGCCCUGCUGAGCGCCCCAGCAGACCCUGCCUGGGUCUGGCUGGCUCCUCUCAGGACAGGGCCGGGCAUCUCUCAGAGCAGUAUUUAGCACUUUGCCAUAUGAGUGAACAGUUAUUUCAUGGCUAAAAAUUAAAAUAGUGGUAAUCUUGAACAUGUGUUUGGAAACUGCCUUUCUCCUCCCGGGGGUCCCAUUAAGGGUUCAGGAGUGGGGCCACCACUGGGGAGUCCCCCCUCCCACGCCCCAGCCCUGGCCAGUUAGCAGGGUUUCUGCAUCGGCUAGUCACUCACAAACUCCUGCUCCCUGCCAGGGAGUAACACAGACUACACUUUCGAAGAUCAAAAUGAUUUCUAAUUUUUCUUACUGGUGUGAGGUUCCAAGCGUUGUCUUUGAAAGUUAAGCAAAUUCCCAGGCUUCCUGGAGCAGAAGAGAUUAUUUCUGGAAGUUUCAGCAAUAGAAUUUUGCAUCAUAAGGUAGCUAGACAUACAGACUAUCCAAAGUAGCCUGAGUUCCAACACCCAGGGGAGAACUCACCAUCCUUCCUGCUCCGGGGACAGGUGUCUUGAGCCUAAGGGGCAUGUGGUUUGCAGUGAGACUGGGGAGCAGACAUGCUCACAGCUGGGCUGUUCUUUGAAAGGGAGCACUGCUCAGCAGCAAGCGUGGGGGUGGCGGCAGCUGUAGGUGGGCAUCUGCCACCACGUGGCUUUCCGUUGUGUGUCUCUCUAUUUGCCCCUGGCUCUACUUGCCCAGGCUUGGUCUGACACAUCAGCAAUGUGCUGGCACCUGCACUCCUGGGCUGGCUUCCUAACCUGUAGCCGCUGCCCCCUGGCCUCGUCACUAUACUGUGGUAGACGGGUGCAGGGCCUUCCACGACCACCCCAGGUGGCAGGGCCGGCCUGGCUCACGUCCCUCACUUCCCAUCAAAUCCAGCUUUCCUUCCUGGAAAGCUCUAGAGAGCCCUGCCUCCUGCACACACACACCCCCCCAUAGCAGCCUCUGAUGCCGUAUGAAGCCUAAUGAGCAGAUCCGCUAGACUAGGAAGCGAUUCAGCUUUUCCACUUUGCUGCUACAUUCCGUCAAGCAGGAAAAUAAACUUGGACUUAAUUUUCUUUGAACAAAACCAAAGUUUCAGAUUUGCCAGAGGAUGGAGUGA